GAACCGUCGAAGGAUACCAUACUAUCCGGCCUAGCUUGCCCUCAAACCUUUGACCAGCUCUGAUCACGGCCGUCACCAAAGGCCAUACAAUCUUCUGGAAAUAGACUUCUAUCCUGGCCUUACCUCUCCGACCUCUUCGUCGACGACUUCAUCAUGGGUCGCAGGAAGAUUGAAAUAAAGGCCAUCAAGGAUGACAGAAAUCGUUCUGUCACCUUUCUCAAGCGCAAGGGCGGUCUUUUCAAGAAGGCCCAUGAGCUCUCCGUCCUCUGCUCUGUCGAUGUCGCCGUCUUCAUCUUCGGCCAGAAUAAGAAGCUGUACGAAUACUCGUCGGGCGACAUGCGCGACCUCAUCACCAGAUAUACCUACCACGGUGGACCAAAUGAGCACAAAGGACCUUCCGACUUCAAUGGUGGCAUCGAUGACGAAGAGGAGGAAGACGAGAACGGCACACCUCCCAAUGGCAUGCCCCAGCACUUCCACGGCCAGCCCGGCUUUCCUCAGCUGAGGCAUCACACGCCCUCUGCAUCGCCGCCAGUACCGAAUGGCAUGGUCUUCCAUGGCGUCCAGCGCGCUCAUACUCCGCAGCCGCAUCCCGGCUCGCGCCCUGGUUCUCGCAACGACAUGCGCCGGAUGGGUUCUCAGCUGGUAGCACCUCAAGUCGGCCCGUACGGCCCUGCACACGGUCCCCAGGUGAACGGGUACGCAUACGUCCCACAGCCGGCCAUCUACAACCCACAGAACGCGCCCAACAUGCCUCCCGGUCAUCAGUAUCCGCCCCACGCCCCUCCGCCUCCUCACAUGCAGAUGCACAU